AAAAAAAAUGAUAGUAAAUAGUUACUGAUAAUCAGGUGAUCUUGUACAUUUUGUUACGUUUUUUACGUUAACGUUGUAUAUAAAUACUUGCUGUCAAACAUUAAAUUCCUAAAAUUACCAUUUUUCAUGGAUUUCAAAAGAUGUAAAACAUUACGAUGAGUUGGUUUGAUGCUUCGGGAUUUGCCAACUUGGCAAAAUCAGCACUCAAAGGAGCUCAAAAAACUAUUGAUAAGGCUUUAGAUAUAAAAGAAGAAGAACCAAAAGUAAUUUCAACACCAGUGAUUGACGACACCAACUUUUUCGCUGCAUGGGGUAUUAAAAAUGAAAGCACCAGUAGCACUCAACCUGCGUUGACUAAUAUUAAACCGGAUACUAGUAUAUGGGGAAGUUUUACAGGAUCUUUUUUUGAAAAUCCAAAAGGAACAUUGGAUGAUUUAAAAACUAAAACAUCAUUAAGUUCUGGAUCAUUAUCAGAAAUAUCUAGUGAAUCAACAGAGUCUACAAGUGUUAUAUCUUCUAAAUCAUUACCAGAGAAAUUAGCUUCUUUUCAGGAUAAACCAUCUGUGACUGAAAGUUCGAAAGAACAAUUAAAUAAAUUAAAAAAUGAUGAUAAUUUCCAAAGACAGAAAAAUGUUAAACAAGAAGGUUCUGGAUACAACUCUAAAAAUGAUUCAGAAGUUGAUUCAUCGAGUAACACCGGUGAAAAACAAGAAUACAACAUCAAGACAAUAAAUAGAGUAUCAAUUGUUUCUUCUGAAAGUGAUAAAAAAAGUUCUGAAAGUGUAGAAAUUCUUGGUUCAAGAUCUGCAACAAGUACAAAUUGUACCACAACACCAGACUCUGAAGUUGUUUCACCAAGUGAUUCCCUUAGUCCAUCAACGUUAGAUCCAAAGAAAAAUUCAGAUUCAGUAGAGGUUUUACCCGAUAGUUUAGUAACUUCGCCUAGUUCUGUAGAAAUUCUUGCAGAUGGUUCUAAAACAGAAAGUCCAUUUUUAUCGCCGAUGAGUUUUUAUCAUGAAUCUCCAGAUGCAGCAACUUCUUCAAUUGAACCGGAAUCAUCAUCAAUCCAAGAUUCUUCUUCAGAUAUUUCGCCAUAUGCAUCACCAAUGGAAGAAUCUAAAACACCAAGACUUGAUGAAAAUAAUGAAGUUUUAUCUACUAGUCAGAUAUCGCUUCCACUUUCAUCAAUGCCAGGAAAAGCAUCGCCGCUAGUUAAUUUAGAUAGCGCUCAAAAUAUUGAUGAAUUAGAUGAAGUAAGUCAAGCAGAAGAUUCUUAUACGUCAGCUUCUGAAAGUACAGUGAUGACUAUAAUGGAAACCUUGCAUCAACAAUUUGAUCAACCGAAAGGUAGAAUGUAUGAUAGUUAUUCAGAACCAUCAAAGUCAAGUAAUCUUACUUCUAUACCAACUAGCCAGUUAGAAAUAAAUUUAGAUUCUUUAAAGGAUGUUAAACAAAGCCUUCAUUUAGCUAUUAAGCCCAUCACUACGCAGCCUAUUCGUAAAACAGAAAAGACAGAGUCAUUUGAUCCAGAUUCAGCUAAGAAUAUGAAUAUUGACCUUACGGAUUCGAGUACUAGCUGCUUUGAUCAAGAUAAAUCAAUAAAUCAAGAAUUUAAUACAGCUGACCAACACUCGACGGCAAUAUUAACUGAUUCAAGUUGCGAAGGAACUCUUGUAGACACAAGUUCAGAUAAUAAUGUUACGAUGAAAAAUUCUAAAAAAGUUAGCUCUGGUGAUGGAUCUUUAACAUCAAGUUCAUAUGUUAAAAAUAUGCUUGCUGAUGCGAUGGUAGAAAAAUGUAUCAACGAUGGCGAGACUUUAGAACAAUUAGAACGUCAUGAUAUUACUCACAGAGAACAUUCACCUAUUUCGUCAGAGAGCCGGUCGGAUUUAGUGAAAAUUGGAUCAGACCAAGCCAGUGGUCACACAAGUGGUGAUGAGCUUGAAACAACGACUUCUAGCGAUAUUGAAAUUAUUUCAAGUCCUAAUGGAGAUUCGAGUUCCACACAAUCACGACAAAGUCCAGCGAAUCUUCAUUCCGGUAAAAGCGGUGAUUUAUUAACAAAAACAUUAAAAACUCGCGGACAUUCACGUGAACUCAGUGAAAUUAGUAUAGGAUCAGAUGAUGGAGGAUGCAAUGAGGUUGAAAAGUUACGCAGGCGAAUUCAAGAGAUGAAUGAAAUAUUAGAAGUUCGUGAAUCAAAAUUAAUUGACGUGAGUAGGAUAAAUAUGGAUUUACAUGAGCAAAAUAAUCAUCUAAAAAUACAAUUAGAAAAUUGGGAAAAACGUGCUCAACAGCAUCAAGACUUUCAUUCAAUAACUGAUGAAUAUACUCAAAGAAUGUCAGCAUUAGAAAAAAAAUUCCAACAAACUAUAAGAGAACGUGAUGUACUUAAAGAACAAUUAGAAAUGUUAAAGCAGGACUUAUCGUGUCAGUCAUCUUUAGCAAAUGCUGAGAAAGAUGAAAUUAUUAAGCAACUUAGAGAAGAAGGUGAAAAAUUGAGUAAGCAGCAAUUACAACAUUCAACUAUCAUAAAAAAAUUACGAGUAAAAGAGAAAGAAAAUGAAGCCACGGUAAAAAGUUUAACUGAACAAUUAGAAGAACAAUCUUCCGAAUUAGAUAGAUUAAAACGUUCUUUAUAUGCUAAAGAAGAAAUUGAACGAACCCAGAUUGAAGCAGUUCAUACCCUCACAGCGAGAGUUAAAAAGCAAGAGAAAGAAUUUUCCACAUUGCAAGAGAAGUUUGAUAAUACGACGCAUAAAAUGAAUGCAUAUAAGACGAGUCUUGAUGCGGCUAAAACAGAAUUAGCUGAAACUAAAUUCAAUUGUAGUGUAGCAGAAGAAGAAUUGAAACGAGUAUUAGAAACUGCUGGAGAAUCUUGUCGCUUAUCAUCGCAAGUUGAAGAUUUGAAAACCAAGAUAAAACUUGAUGAAGAGAAUUUUGUUAAAAAAAUUGAUUUAUUAAAGCAAGAAAAUAGUGAUCUAUUAAAACGAUUAGAGGCUGCUGAGGUACGAAGUGAAGAACUUUCAGAGUCUGUUACUCUUGCUACAAAACCACUACUUCGACAACUUGAGCAGUUGCAAGCUAAUUUAACAUACAAAUCCAAUACAUUUAUGAAACAAGAAAAAAUUAUGUCAGAUAAAAUUGAAGAACUUCAGACAAAGUUGGAGAACAUGGCUUCCACUGAUAGAACUCUGAUGGAAGAAAAUGUAAACUUAAAAACUAAAAUUUCAACUUUGGAAUCUCAGGUGAAACGAGUAGAGUUAGACAAAUCUAAAGUAGAAGAAUUAUAUGAAAAACAAAAAUCCGAAAAUGCUAAGCUUAUAAAAGAGAUAGAAAAGCUUCGGUUGAAGAUAGAAACCCUAGAGAAAUCUCAUCAUGAUGAAGUAAGGGAAUUAAAAAGAGAAAUUGAAUCACUUAAAGAUAAGCUUUCCAUGGAAAAGGCAGCGGCUGAUGCUGAAAAGAGAAAAAAUAAUCCUGUAUUAGAACAUCAACAGAGUACUGGAGAAGAAAAUAGAAUGAGUCCAACUUCCAGUGUAAGAAGAGAUUCUAUUAGCAGUACUAAUAGUGUUUGGCUUGCGUUUAAUGAUUCAAUCUUUGAUACAAGUUCCGGGCGUUUUCCAAAUGUUUACGAUGGACUUAGAACGAAUACUAAUACAACGUCAACAAUUGAAACUCUUCAAGCUCAAUUAAAAGCUCGUGAAGGGGAAAUUCAAACUCUCCAAUGGGAAAUGCACAGGCGGAAUACGGAAAGAGACGCAUUGAAUAUGGAGCUUUCAAAUUUAUCGAUGAAGGUGGAAGAGCUUACGACGAAAUUAACCGAAGUUGAAGCAUUAAAUGCCAAUCUUAAUGAAAUUCAAACAAGAUAUGAUGCAUUAUUACAGAUGUAUGGGGAAAAAGUAGAAGAAACGCAGGAACUUCAAUUAGAUCUCGAAGAUGUGAAGGAAAUGUACAAAAAUCAAAUUGAUCAACUUUUAAAAAGAGAAUCGUAGAAUAUUUAAUUUUUGAAACAUUCCUCUUAAAUAUUUUUCAUUAAUGAAUAGAUUUAUGUGCAAUAUUUUAUCGUCGCAGGUCGGCUGAAAACAUUCGUUUUAAAUGAUGAUUGAUCUUAUUCUGUACUAACUGUGGUGGUUUUUGUUCUUUUAGACCAUUCAAUAUUGAAUCGAGUAAAAGUUCGAUCCAAAACACGAAUUAUUAUUCUGCAUGUAAGCAGUAAAAGGAGACUGAGAACUAAAAAAAAAAAUUAUAAGUAUUGGCCAAGUUUUAGAAGUUGAUAAUUGUAAAUAAAGGUAUUAUAAUAUAAUCGAAUAUGAAUAAUAAAAUGAAAAUUCAUUGUUGUUAAACGACAUUGUCUUUUACCAUCUACUCGCAUAUUACUGCAUAUUUUAUAAUUAAUUAUUAAUUAUAAAAUAAGAAUGUAUUGUAUAAAAGAGAUAUGAAAAUAAUUAAGCCCUUAAAAUUUUAGAUAAUUUUAUUUGUAAUGAUUUCAGCGGCGUCCAGUA